AUGUGGACAGACUCUGAGGUCCAGGUCAACUCAUCGGCUGCUGACGCUAUGAGAAUCGCGGUGACACCUGAAGAAGCCCAGAGCGAGGGCGAUGAUACGAGAGAUCCCGCUGUCAUUGUAGCAAAGUCACAACCUCGCGCAACCCCUCAGCUUUCGAAUCAACGAUCGACUACUGUGAUCCAGGAGACCCCAACCGCUGCCCGUACAAGAAAUGUUGCAGAUUCCUACGAAGCAGACGUUCAGGAAGCAGAGGCUUUCUCGACCGCCCGUACUGGCGAGUCACAGGAUCAGAUGCAACCACAGCUGCCUCUGAAUGCUAGAACAUCUUCACCGCGAGUACAUAUACCAUCGAGAUCAGCUAAGAAACGAACACGGUCCCUAGCCGAUGAGGCGGAGGCAGAUGCAUCCAAGUCUGACAACGAGGCAUUUGCUGGGCCUAGCAAGCGCGCCAAAACAAGCGAUAGCGACACAGAAGACAGUCGCCUGAGCAACGUCGACGUUGCUCAGCCCGAACAGUCCGCCCCACCACGAUCGCAGAGGGGUUCGCAACGAUCCAUAUCUACUACUACAGUUAGAGAGGACUACGAUGGCCCAGCUUCCCGUGUAGCCUGCAGCAACUCCACCAUUACGAAAGCAAGUGCGGCUGUCAAGUUCCUGAAGAAACAAGGUGGAGCGUUUGUAGAGAAUCUGGCUGAUGACUUCAAUGUACUAUGCGUACGAGAUGGUGAUCUCCAGAAGACAACAAAAGUACUUUACGCAAUCGCGCGCGGCAUUCCUAUCGUUACAGACCAAUGGCUAUUGGAAUCUGCAUCAGCUAAGCGCUUGCUUACCGUUUCCGCUUUCAGGCCAUCUAUACCUAAGCAAGAAGAGGAGUGGAAGAUCAAGCUUGACGAUAUCCUCGAAAAGCCGCAAACUCCGUUCGCCGACUUCUCUGUUCACUUUACGAAAAGCCUCAAGACGAGAUACGCAUCUUUCUCUGACAUUGAAGCGGUCUGCAAAGCCGCCGGCGCAAAAAGCGUGACGACUGGUGCGACAAAGCUGAAGAAGACGGGAGAUACCAUCGUCCUCGCUGAAGAUGGAGACGAUGUCGAGGCACAAAAGCUGAUCAAAGAAGGAGUAACAUGCUACACGAAAGACUUCUUUACGUACAGUAUCCUGAGGGGUGUUGUCGACCUCGAGAGCGACGAAUUCAAAAUCGAAGGAACCGCGGCGGGCGAGACACCUUCAAAAGAGCAGAAGAAGAAACGAGGCCGAAAGAGUAACUAG